AUGGUGUUAGACUAUGAUUCAGAUGUAUCUGACGGAAGUGCUCCAAUUGGAGAAGAAAGGGAUGAAUCUUCAGACCUCAACUCGUCUAGUGAUGGUGAGGAACGAAAUCGUGUAACACAGAGGAAUAUUUUUGGAGAUGAUACUGAUAGUGAUAAAGAAAUACAACCAAGGCAUAAACAACCACGUUUUAAAGAAGAUAGUUCCGAAGAAUCAGACCACGAAAAUCAACUUAAUGACAACGCUUCGGAACAACAGGAAACAGAAAACGAUUCAGAUAACUCACCUAGCCAAAAUUCUUUGAAAAGAAGACUUCAAGAUAUCCGAUCCUCUUCUAAUAGUCCUAAUAAUAAUGGUUCUCGGCAAGAUGAUGGUAGUGAGACGGGUGACAAUGGGUCACAAUUAGAUGAUAUGGCCAAUUCUAAUGAUAAUGAAGGCCAUAGAAGUAAUACUGACGAUGUAGAGGAUGAUUUGGCACAUGAACCGGACGAAACAAGAAUAUAUGUUGAUUUUCCACUGAUUCGUGCGGAUUUAGGCAGGGAGGUACAUCUGGUAAAAAUGCCUAAUUUUUUGUCGGUUGAAACUCGUCCGUUCGACCCUAACUUUUACGAAGAUGAACUGGAUGAAGAUGAAAUUUUAGAUGAAGAAGGACGAACACGUUUGAAACUAAAAGUCGAAAAUACUAUACGUUGGAGGAUUGGUAAGACACCUGAUGGUGAAAUGAUUCACGAAUCAAAUGCUCGUAUUGUUCGUUGGUCGGAUGGUUCUCUGUCGCUACAUCUUGGGGACGAAAUUUUCGACAUACACAAAGUAGAUAUUCAGUCAGACUAUAAUUAUCUGUUCAUACGAGAAGGUAGUGGUUUACAAGGACAGUCAAGUUUAAAAACCAAAUUAACAUUCAGGCCACAUUCAACAGAUUCAUUUACGCAUCGUAAAAUCACAUUAUCACUAGCAGAUAAGACAAAUAAACUACAAAAGGUCAAAAUUCUUCCUGUUACGGGUGCUGAUCCAGAAUCAAAUCGUAAUGUGCUUGUGAGGAAAGAGGAGGAGAAAUUGCGUGCUACACUCAGGCGCGAAAGUCAGUUACGGCGUAUGCGUGAAAAGCAGGCCAUGUCAAGAAGUAGUUUUGGUAGUGAACGUAGGCGAAGUUACGGAGAGGAUGAUGAUGAGGAUGAUGGUAAUACAACAUCUCUAAAUGCAUUAAAAAGAAAUGCGAAAAACUCAUUGUUGGCUGCACGUAAAGAUGUUGCUGCAAUUUAUUCAUCUGAUGAGGAAUCUCUAAGUGAUAUAUCAGAACCUCGAUCACGUAAGAAAGUAAGAGCGAAAAUAAGUGAUGAAGAGGAAAGCGACUAA